AUGGACACUGACAUGGAUUACGAGAGGCCCAACGUUGAAACCAUCAAGUGUGUGGUAGUGGGAGACAACGCAGUGGGGAAGACGCGCCUGAUCUGUGCCCGGGCAUGCAACACCACACUAACGCAGUACCAGCUGCUGGCCACCCACGUGCCCACCGUGUGGGCCAUUGACCAGUACCGCGUCUGCCAGGAGGUCCUGGAGCGCUCCAGGGAUGUCGUGGAUGAAGUGAGUGUUUCUCUCAGACUUUGGGACACUUUUGGAGAUCACCACAAAGACAGGCGCUUUGCAUAUGGCAGGUCUGACGUUGUGGUCCUCUGCUUUUCAAUCGCUAAUCCCAAUUCCCUAAAUCAUGUGAAAACCAUGUGGUAUCAAGAAAUCAAGCACUUUUGCCCUCGCACACCUGUGGUCCUGGUCGGCUGUCAGCUGGAUCUCCGUUAUGCCGACCUGGAGGCUGUUAACAGGGCCAGGCGUCCCUUAGCAAGGCCCAUAAAAAGAGGUGAUAUUUUGCCCCCAGAAAAGGGCCGAGAGGUUGCAAAGGAACUGGGCAUCCCCUACUACGAGACGAGCGUGUUUGACCAGUUCGGCAUCAAGGACGUGUUCGACAACGCCAUCCGCGCGGCGCUCAUCUCCCGCAGGCACCUGCAGUUCUGGAAGUCGCACCUGAAGAAGGUCCGGAAGCCGCUGCUCCAGGCGCCCUUCCUGCCCCCCAAAGCGCCCCCGCCGGUCAUCAGGGUCCCCGAGUGCCCGGCGGCGGGUCCGAGCACCGCAGCCUUGCUGGACAGCCCUCUGUGCGCCGACGUGCUCUUCGUCCUCCAGGGCCGCGAGCGCAUCUUCGCGCACCGGAUUUACCUCGCUACCUCUUCUUCCAAAUUCUACGAUCUUUUCUUAACGGAGUGUGAAGAAUCCCCCAGCUGGGUCGAAGGAGCCUGCGAGGAGGGGACACAAGACGGAGAUCUGCAAGAUCGGACGCAGAGUCUUGGCCCCGCCGAGGAAGGGGAGGAUGGGGAGGAUGGAGAGGAUGGGGAGGAUGGGGAGGACGGAGAGGAUGAAGGCCCCCCGAGGACCCCGCCGGCGGACCCGGGUGCAUCUUCAGGCCAGGACCCACCGGAGAGCUUGAUUUUGGAGGCCGAGGCCUCCCGUCCUGAUGCACAGGCCCCGUCCGGCUGGAGCAAGGGGUUCAUCAGCGUGCACAGGGAAGUGCGAGUCAACCCCAUCUCCAAGCGGGUGGGCCCGGUGACCGUGGUCAGGAUGGACGCCUCGGUGCAGCCGGGUCCUUUCCGGACCUUGCUGCGCUUCCUCUAUACGGGGCAGCUGGACGAGAACGAGAAGGAUUUGCUGGGGCUGGCUCAGAUUGCUGAGGUCCUGGAGAUGUUCGAUCUGAGGAUGAUGGUGGAGAACAUCGUGAACAGGGAAGCAUUCAUGAACCAGGAGAUCACCAAGGCCUUUCAUGUCAGGAAAGCCAACCGCAUCAAGGAGUGUCUCAGCAAAGGCACAUUCUCAGAUGUGACGUUUACAUUGGAUGACGGAGCCAUCAGUGCCCACAAGCCACUGCUGAUCUGUAGCUGUGAGUGGAUGGCAGCCAUGUUCGGGGGGUCCUUUGUGGAAAGCACCAACAGUGAGGUGCGUCUCCCAAGCAUAAACAAGACGUCAAUGCAAGCUGUACUGGACUAUCUCUACACCAAGCAGUUGUCGCCUAAUUUGGACCUGGACCCCCUGGAAUUAAUUGCCUUGGCAAACAGAUUUUGCCUGCCACACCUGGUUGCGCUUGCAGAGCAGCAUGCGGUCCAGGAGCUGACCAAGGCCGCCAUGAGUGGAGUGGGCAUCGACGGUGAGGUGCUCUCCUAUUUGGAAUUGGCGCAGUUUCACAAUGCCAACCAACUGGCUGCCUGGUGUUUACAUCACAUCUGCACCAACUACAACAGUGUUUGUUCCAAGUUCCGAAAGGAAAUCAAAUCGAAAUCAGCAGAUAACCAGGAGUACUUUGAGCGUCACCGCUGGCCCCCCGUGUGGUACCUGAAAGAGGAAGAUCACUACCAGCGGGUGAAGCGGGAACGGGAGAAGGAGGACGUGGCACUGAACAAGCAUCACUCGAGGAGAAAGUGGUGUUUCUGGCACUCAUCUCCGGCCGUCGCCUGAGGAGGAAGAACAGAGGCAGCGUCCUCACAGCACGCUCCACGGCCCGAUAGUAAACUCAUUCGAAGCAGUGCGGUUUCAGGCACUGACCUUGCCACUUCUGUGCAUUUAUCUCUGUCAGGGUCAAAGCACAAGCUCACCAUCGUGGGCCUGGACACAAAGGGAGCACUGACGGACUGGCCGCAUUCCUUCAGCCCGCCCCUAUUUUUUUCUUUCUUUUUUUGGUUAGGAAGCUUAAUAUACUUUAGUCUGUUAUUUUGUUUCUUUUUAUACAAAGGAAAAAAAAAACCUCCAACUUUCAUAUUUCAGAUUCAAAUUGGAAAAUAUUUUUAUAUGGUCCCUUGUAUUUUGUUGAAAUGAAAAUACUACGUAUUACUUUAUUUUACCGGCCACAAAUUGACCAUGAAGUUGCCCUGUGAUUCUUGGCCCACAUGACCGGAGAGCAUUAUUACAUAAUUAGAGGGUUAUCCUUUAGUUGUGAAGUAAAGGGUUGGACUGAAAUCCUCCCCCAAGUGCAAGUUGAAAGUGCUUAAUCUUUGUUCUGCUGAACAGCGGUAUAAUUACCAUCUCCGCUCCAAGAAUGUGUAUUUACAAUAUUUGCUGUGUAAGUGCUAGUAAUUAUAUGGUUAUCGGUGCCAUGUAAAAUAAUAGUGAGAGCAAAUAUUCUGUUGUUUAAGAUGUCUAGAUCCAAGAGGAUAAUCCUUAUAAUCACUCAAAGGGCUUAUUAAAUCCCAGCACUAUCCAGGGCAAGACUCACUGGCCUACUGGGGUACCUAAGACAGUGUUAGAGUCCUGCUGUCUGGAUGGCUGUCAGAGUUGGUGGCUCUCAGUGUUCUGUGAUCCCGCCUGGCUUCUGCAGGGAAACCCUCUGCCAUCUACAAGCCUGUCAUCUCUCACCUGGGGCCAACCUCACUUUGUAAGACACACUUUUUAAAUCUUCCCAGGGAAAAAUUCAGGUCACCAAUGAAGUAGGCCAAGGCAGACCCCCUACUCCUGCAGCCUGGGGCCGAUGGAAACACAAAGCUGGAGGCCUGGGCCCUGCCUUGCUGGACAGCAAAGGGAGUCAGAUCCCUAGAGUCUAGGAAACGGGUGCUAUUGUGAAUUGGUUCUGAGCUGGUGUCCUUCAGUAUCUUCAGUGUUACAAUGUAGAGAGCUGGGGAGCUCUGAAGAGGCACUGAUUAGCAUUGUUUCUCUACAGAUUGAAAUGUUACAGUACACAGACACACACACAUGCACACGCACACGCACACACACAGAUACACAACUUUGGAAGAGCUCCAUAGCAGCCAGUGGAUGUUGUAUGCUGGGCACCUGAGCUCAUCCUUUUAGGAGGUCACUUUAUGCUAAGGGCUAUUGAUUUUUUUUCUUUGUUUUUGUUUUCUACUUUUACUGAAGAUGGAAAAGAGACAGUUGAGUCUAAACUCCAAAUGCCAUAUGCAUUUGAAAAAUCUAUGUAGAUUGUUGGGGGUGGGGGUGGGGGUCAUUUAUUUCUGGAAUGUAACUGAUGCAAGAGCUUGGAGAGACACAGAAACAUAACACCCUCUCUCGUGGGAGCAGUGGAGGAGGGAUGCUGAUAAGCCCUCCCCGAUCAUAUUGUUAAUAGGGCCGUAAAUCACUAAUGGAAGGAGACAGGCAGGCAGGAUGAAAGGAUGUGUGUCAAGACUCAGGGAGAACUGGCAUGUAUCUCACCUUAAAAUCCUAGAGGUUGCGUCUUCAGUGAGUAGUCCUAGCUGAAUUUAGACAACCAAAGCUCCGUUUGAUUGUACUCUUGCCAAAACGUACUGGACACAUACAUGAGCGUGGGGCAUAAGCAAUAAUAUCCACUUGUGUUGUGAUCAGCUGCCGGAGCCAAGUGGCUGGUUCAUUUGGUUGAUGCUGAUUAUGGCCUUUAACCGUGGUGGUUGGUUUCAUGUUUUUAAUUUCACAAAAAGCCAAUAAAAUUGUUUAGCUAAUGAA